AUGGGAAAAAAAUCCAAAGGAGGAAAGUCAUACGCGCCAACAGCUAGUCGGGAACAAGUAUACCAAAGUUCCACACCUCUUUCAUCUGUCCUCGACAACCAUGUCAGUCGCAGCGGGAUUGCCAAUUCCGACAACGUCACGCUCGUAAGAAACCAGCUACCCUCUGCAAGUCGAGACCAAUACAUCACCGGUAUCAGAGGCAGUUAUCAGGAGAACCACAACACCAAGGUGAAUUAUGAGAUCCGACACGAUAGUGACCCGCAAAAAGGGAAUCACGUCAAUGCCAGGGUCACUCGAACGACGGCUGGCAAAUAUGGUGUCACUGAGGAAACAACAAAACUUGCUGUUUUGAAUACCACCCACCCGAGUCAAGCGGACUUUGACAAUAUCAUUACGAACCUCAAUAACCUGAGCUAUUUGGGACAGGGGACUGAUGACACUCAAAAAGCCAAAGCUGUUAGAGAUGCCUGGACUGGGCUAAGCCGGAACAAAUAA